UAUCUCGUAGCAGUGAUCGUUUACGCGCCCAUUUCUCAUGCAGAAGCUGAAAGUUCACUCACUUCACUGCACGCGUGCCACAGAGGUUAUAGUGCCAAAUGUUUUGCGCAACAUAUGCAUAGGCGUCAAUGGGUUGCCUGCACUCUCAGCCUAAUGAACGAGGACAGCGCGAAGAGGAGAGGCGAGCGCAAAGCCAGUCUACAACGCCGCGCUCAGCGAAUGUGGCUGCAAAGACUAUAGAUGCAUCAGGAGUGGCGAGUCCCCCGACACUCAAAGGAGAGGGCGGACCGAAGGCAUUACAGCGAAUCACAUGCGUGGAUGAGCUGUUGAAACAAGGCUAUGGCCACGACGGCGGCCUGCCGAUGCUGUCGCUGGCGGAGCUGUCGACACUGUCGCAGCUGCCCGCGCCCGCCAUCGUGCUCACCUGCUCCUACACCGCUGAUGACGCCGAGGAAGCAGACCUGCUGCUGCUGAGCACUGUGGUGGUGGGCGCACCCGCCGGGCACGUCGCAGGUGGCGGUGCCGGCGCGCGCUUCCACCUGUCGGUGGACGCCGCCGGCGAUGCCGGUCUGGAGCUGCAGAUGGACCGCGGCAUGACGUCGCUGCACUGCGCCCUGGCCAACGCCGCGGCGCUGCAGGGGCUGGGGCUGGACGACGAGCAGGCCGUAUUGGGCUUCCUGGCGCGCGCAUUCCAGUCCGACCGCGGCCUGGUCAGCCUGUUCCAGGACACAGUGAAGCGGCUGCUGUCUGGGGUCCUCAGUCCUCCCACCAAGCACUUUGUGCCGGGGAAUUUCGGCCGCGGCCGCUUCUUCCUGUCCAUGCGGAUAUCGCCGUUUGUGUUCCGCGCGAGUGCGCCGCCGGCCCCAGCGGCUGCCGCGGCCGCCAGCGGCAGCGCCGGCGGUGGGGUUGGAGACGGCAUUGGUGGUGCCGGCCUGAUCCCGGCGCUGCUGCUGGAGCUGGAUGUGCCGUAUGAGGGCUGCGAGCUGGCCGCCCGGCUGCAGCGCGAUUACCUGGUGCUGUCCAACAUCCCCUCCAUGGUCACCAUAUUCGACUGCUCCGGGCAAGUGCUGCACCAGAACAACGCCUCGGUGGAGUACAUGGGCUACCUGGCGGGAUGGAACGGCCUCACCCCGGCAGCGGCAACGUCAGCAGCGGCAGGCAGGCCGGAGCCGGGGGCAGCAGUUGGCGGGGUCGGGGGCGGCGGCGCCACAGCCUCGGGUGUCUACGGAGCUGCCGAGCGCGAGACGCCACCCAUGCUGCUGGUCUCGUGCCUGGGCUCGGCCGAUGCAAGCCAGGCGGCGGCGGCGGCGGCUGCUGCCCGGCGCGGGUCGGCGGACUGGGGCUCGCAGCCGCAGCCGCAGCUGCAGCCGCGCCGCCCGCGCUCGCACCUGGAGCGCCUGUUUGCGCGGGACCCGGGCCGGCUCGCGGAGGUGCUGGCGGCCGUGGCAGAGGGCAAGGAGUACCGCGGCCUGGUGCAGAUGUCCGCCAGCUGGGUCGCACACGACACCGGCGCCGAUGCAGACGCAGCCCGGGAGGAGGGCAAAGGCACGGAGGUGCCCAGCAACGGCAUGCGAGCUCAGGCCGCGGAGGCACGGCCACGUGUGCGUGGCGACAGUCAUGCGGUACCGCAAUACCCGCUAUCCACUGCUGCAAUCGACGAAAGCCUGAUCACCGCACGUGGCAGCUACCCCUUGUCCGUUGCAGAGCCCGACUACUGCGGCACUGUGACAGCAGAGGAGGCGUAUGCGCCGCCUGCCGCGCCGCCGCCUGCCGCACCUCCGCCUGCAGGUGCCUGCGAGCGGUCCAUGACGGCCGGCAGCAACCCCUUGCCGCCGCCGCCCCAACGCCCAUCACGGCCCCAUAGCGGCGAUGCCCCACAAGCGCACCAGAGCGCCAGCGCCACCCGCACCAGCACCAACAGCAGCUCCGCGCUGCGGCAGAUGCGCACCACGCUGAUGCAGCAGCGCGCGGCGCGUCUGACGGCACGCCGCCGCUCCGAGGGGGCCGUCGCCGCGGCGUCACCGGGCUGGCCUGGAGCCUCCUCCGCUGCCGUGGCUGCUUCUGCCCCAGUCACGGCUGAUGCAGCGACGGUGACAAUACCAUUGAUGUCGGGUGCACGGGGAGUCACGCCAUUGGACAGUGCUGGGCGACCAGUGCUGACGCCGCAGGGUAGCGCGCGUGGCCUGUCGCUGCCGCCGGCGCGCCGCAGCGCCGCAGCACAGACCUCCAACCUCGAGGUAACGUCAGGGACCGCCGCAGCCGCAGCCGCACCCCCGCCGGCGGCGCUGCCCGCCGCGGGCGUCGUGGUCCUGGCCGUGUCCGCCGCGGCUGCUGCGGUGGGGGCCUGUGAGACCGCUGACGCCACCGCGUCGCUUCCCGCAAUCACCACCACAGACCCCCACCGGGUGUCUGACCCGUCAUACAACAGCCAGCCGCAGCAGCAGCAGCAGGCCGGGUUGAUGAGGCGCAGCUUGCAUCAGCCUGGGGAGCACUUGCUGACAGACGUUGGGGAGGAGGAUGGCGAGGGAAGCAGUGGAGUGGUCGAGGCGCCGCCCCAGCCUGCUGUGGCGCCGGCCGCCGUUCCCACCGGGGUCCAUACAGCCGAUGUGGCCUGCAGGUCCUCGGGCGGCGGCGGGGGCCAGAGCACUCGCAGUAACGGUGGCGGCAGCGGCAGUAGCACUCGGCGCCGUCGGCGGCUCUUGAUGCGUGUCGGGGGCCGUGCCAGUGGAAGCGGGGGCCGGCGGGCCUCAAGCGCGGGGGCUGUGGUGCGGUUGCCGCUGCACUCGCAGCUCAGCCCAGGCAAGCCCACUGGCAGCGGGUCAGCGGGUGUGACCGCCGGCGGCUCGUCCAGCGGGGUGCCGCGCAUGCAGCACCUUCCGGUCGCACACGUGGGCGGCGCGCCGGCGCCGCUGCAGGUACCGGUGCGGGUACUGGGCCCUGCAGGCACAGGCCGGCCUCCUUUGGAGCGGGCGCACCGGGACGGCCAGGUGCUGGUGGCUGCCCUGGUUGAUGUAGGCGGAGGUGGUGGCAGCAGCGCUGCAGGGGGCGGCGGCAGCCACACAGCUGGCGGUGCUGCCGCGGCGGAGGCGGCUGCAGGCACAGUCGACGCGGUUGCGCUCACGGCCGGCGGUGCUGAGUCGGUCGAAGUGGGCUUUCUACUUGAGAUGCUACCAGGCGUGGACACCGGCGUGGCGCACGAGCGGCAACCUGCGGGCCUGGGAUCACCGCCGCCCCCAGCCGCGCUGUCCAUGCUGACAGCCUCCAGCAAUACUGGCGUGGGCAGCACCACUGAGGCCUUCACCAUUGAGCUCCUGAGCACCGGAGGGCCGUGCGUCGCGGCGUCACAUGCCGGUGGCGGAGGCGUGGGGACGAUGUCGCUGCUGAUGACGGCACGGCGGAGUGUCCGCAGCGCCGUGCUGGCGUCAAACAGUGCCUCUGCAGCCUCAGCCCACACCUCACAAGCUGACGGCAUGACACGCGGUUCGCCGCUGCUUGCCGCGCUCAGGCCAGGCCACGGCGGGGAUGAGGGCGGCGGCAGCGGCGGCGCCGGCAGAACCGGUAUCGUUGUGCUAGGCGCGAUGGAUGCCACGACGGAUGGCGACUCACAGCAGCAGGCGCGAUCGCAGUCGCAGCAGCCGCAGGUGCGCGUGCUCGAGCCCCCGCACAGGGUGCCAGAGCUGCCCGCCGCGGAGCUCAGCGGUCAGCCAACGACAGCAGGCGGGCAAUCUGGCGGCUUCACUGAUGACGCUUUGGCAGACCCUUCCCUGCCGACACGGCAGCUGCAACAACAAAGCAGCAGCGAGGUCGCGUAUGAGGGAGCCCCUGAAGGACACAGGGGAUCAGCCGGGGAGAAGGCCAGUAGCAGGGGUGACGGGGUUGGGACAACAUGCGGCACCACAUGUCCUGCGGCUCUCCGCAGCACACCUUUGCAGCGCGCGCCGUGGCUGCAGGUGGGUGGUGCAGGUGGCGCCUCCGGCUCCCCAGCUGCAGCUGCAGCUACUGGCCAGCUGGCUGGCAAGGGCGAUGCGCCUGGCUGCAGCGCGGCGGGGAGCAGCGGUCGUUUGGGCCGGUGGGGUGGCCAGCAGCCCAAGCACUCGCCGGGUGCUCAGGUCAGCCCGCAUGGUGUGGACACCCUCGCGGCCUCAGAGGGCUGGUCCGACCCCGCCAGCACCGCCACCGCCUCACCCGCCACGGGCCGCUCCUGGCGGCUGUUGCGCCAGCGCAGCAGUGUCAGAGGCUGGGGCGCGGCAGCGGACCCGGGCGGCGCGGCGGCAGCCGCUCCAGCUGCAGCUGCAGCCGCAUCAUCAGGCUCCAUGUCCGCGGUGUUGGGCCUGGUGGACCGGAUGUGUCGCCGUGGCGGCGCGGACACUGACCUUGUGGUCAUUGGCGAGGGCGGCGGCAACAGUGCGCGCAACAGCGGAGCGUCAAGCACACCUGGGCCCGAGGUGGGAGACUCCACGAGCGUCGUUGACUCAGCGUCGGCCAGCGAGGCCGUGGCUGUCCCACCCGUUUCUUUCAUGACAUCGCCGCAUGCCGCAGCAUCUGCGUGCGGAGCGGCUGGUAGUGACGGAGGUGAGGACAGCACGUCGCGCGCACAGGCCGUUGCAGGCGUGGUCGAGGCUGCCACUGGUGCGGCCGCCCCUCCUCAUAACAGCGCUGCCGUGCCGCUAGGCGUCUCGGGGAACGUCAACGCCAUCAGCGGCACCCCCACCGCUACAGGCUACACAAUGCAGCAGCCGCCUUCAGCCGGCGAUGUAGCUGCCUACAUGCGCGCAAGCUCAUCAUUGCACCGCGCUGAAAGCGGCCGCGGGCAGGACCAGCCCGCUGGUCUGACCCACCUCGGCGGCUACCUGACACCUACCGUGCCGCUCUCCACAGCUGGCGGCCACAGCGGCAGCAACAGCGCGCCGCUGGGUGCGCCGCCGCCACAGCCGCAGCCCCGCUGGUCGCUCACGGCCACGCCCUCGCGCCUGGCGGCCUCACGCUCCAUGCCGCUGCCCUCGGAGCUCUCCGCCGGAGCUGCCUCCUCCUCUGGCCCGUCCCAGCUAGCUGGCACCGCGUCGGCGGCACCGGUGGCAGGAGGGACGAGGCGGCUUCUGGCACACAUGACAUCGGCCUUCGGCAACAUAGGCCGCGGCGAGCCCGAACCACUCGGCGCACACGCGCUCGGAGCCAGCAGCACGUUAGAGGCCCACAGCCCAGCUGCCAGCGCCGGCGCCUCACGCCCCGCGGGGACUGCCCAGCCCCAGCCCCAACUGCCGUCUGCAGCCGCCGCUGGCCUGGUGCGCCUGAGGAGUGUCAACGAGCACUCCAUCCUGGAGGAGCAGCUGCCCACCGGUGGACCCGAGCAAGCACAGCAGCGGCAUCAGGACACGUCGCAAGCAGCGCUCUCAACAACUGGUGCUGCUGCUGGUGGGGCGGGGGAGGAACGGCUGCCGGUCACGCCGCGUGGGACGCAGAGCGCCGCGCUGCCCCGGCUACAGCCGCGCUCGGCACAGACCUGGGACCAGCUGCAGCUACAGCAGCUACAGCAGCAGCACCGGCAGCUACAGCUACAGCACCGGCAGCCGCAUAGCCAGGGGCGGCAGCUGCAGGAGCAGGAGCGCGCGCUGCAGGGGGCCGGCAGCGCUCGUGUCGCCUCCAGCGGCCAGCUGCCCAGCGGGGCCGUGCUCAGCUCCUACCUGCACCACCCCCACCACCCCCACCACCCCCCGCAGCCGGUGCAGGACCCCCGGACCCGCAUCCAGCCCGUGCUGAGGACGCUGCUGGGCGGCGCACUGGCGGGCACCAGCGCCCCGCGUGAGAGCCAGCCGCCCCUCUCCUCGGCAUUCACCCGCCGCAGCGCCGCUCGGAGUGAGUACACCACCGCUGCGGCUCUGUCCACUGCUGCGUUCGCGCGCAGGUCCAAGUGCAGCGGUGCGUCCACCUCUGGACUGCUGCGUGUGGGCAGCGGUGGAGGGCACGCGGUCUCUGAUGCGGGCGCCAGCGGCGGGCUCCCUGCAGCGCUGUGGCUGGGGCGGCCCGCUGGCGGCGGAGGCGGCGGAGGCGGCGGAGGCGGAGGCGGCGCCUUGCACAUGUCCGGCCACCUGCGGCCGCUCAGCCCGAGGGUGCUGCUGACGGCGCGUGGCAGCAGGAGCACCCUCGCCGGGGGCGGAGGGGCGCUGGCUACUGCAGUGGGCACCGCCGAGGCAGGCCUGGGGCUGGACGGCGACGUGCCCACCAGCGCCAGCACCGCCACCUACACCGGCGGCGCCCUCAGCAGUGUGCUGCCCCGGUGGUCCGGGCCCUCCCUGGCCGACAUACCCACCGACCCAGCCGCCUUCAUGCCGCCCGCCCGCCAGAGGCAGCACCAGCAGCAGCUACGGCAACCGCAACAGCGGCGGUCGGGCACAGAUCCUCCAGGCGUUGGCAACGGCAGCGGCAGCGUUCUCCGCACAGGCCCCGCUUCCAUGGUCGCACUUGCAUCACCAGUGCCGCCGCCUGCUGCUGCCGGUGGCCUCGGGGGAGCUCCAGCUGUGCUGGGCUCCGCGCCUGGCUCCUAUCACUCCCGUGCGGGCGUGCGGCGGCAGCAGGGCGCCCUGUUGAUGACCUCCACCUACACCGCCGGCCCCAGCUGCAGCCAGUCCAAUGCAGCCAUGCUAGGCACCGGCAUGGGUAUCAGCCCCGACGCGGCUGGCAGAGCGGCCGCGGCCACGGCCGGUAUGCCCCCAGCUGCUUACGGCGGCGGCCCCUCUCUGGCUGCGGCGGCCACGUUUGCUGGACCCGGCGCUGCGGGUCUCCAAGGCGGCGGCGGCGGCGGCGUGCGCUGGCAUGAGGUGGUGGUGAAGCCGGUGCCGGAUCCCAUGAGCGGCGAGCGGCUGCUGCUGGUGGUGCAGACGGACGUGACGUGCCAGGUGCGGGCGGAGGAGCUGCUGGGGCGGGUGCUGGAGGCGGAGCACCGGCUGCUGGCGGACGUGUUCCCGCGGCACGUGGUGGCGCACAUGACGGCGGCCCGGAACCUGGACGUGGAGGCGCGGCAGGCGGGGCUGCUGCUGCUGCGGCACAUCCAGGACCCGCGGGCGCUGGCCACCAGCCACACAUGCAUCACCAUCCUGUUUGCGGACAUCAAGGGCUUCACGGAGAUGAGCAAGGAGGUGUCUGCGGCCGAGGUCAUGUCCUUCCUGAACGACCUGUACACGCGCUUCGACAGCCUGACAGACGUGUACGGCGUGUACAAGGUGGAGACCAUCGGCGACUGCUACAUGGUGGCGGGCGGCCUGGUGGCGCGCGACGAGGACGGCUUCGGCGCGGUGCGGCGUCACGGCGACACCGACCCCCUGCACGCCAUGCGGGUGGUGUCGUUUGGGCGCGCCAUGCUGGAGGAGGCGGCCAAGGUGGCGCUGCCGGGCACCGGGCAGCCGGUCCGCAUGCGCGUGGGCGUCCACAGCGGCCCCGCCACCAGCGGGGUGGUGGGGCAGAAGAUGCCGCGCUUCUGCUUGUUCGGCGACACGGUCAACACCGCGUCGCGCAUGGAGUCCACGGGGCGGCCCGGCUGCAUCCACAUCUCGGCCGCCACUCGCAGCCUGCUGCCGCGCGGCGAGGACGAGGCGAGCUGGGUGCCCACCGGCGGCGUCGAGGUCAAGGGCAAGGGCGUGCUGAGCUCCUUCAUCUGGUGCGCGCACUCGGCCGACGCCAGCAAGCGCCGCCGCCACCGCAAGCAGCGCGCCCAGCUGCUCGCCACGCUGCCCAGCUCGCGGGAGGAGGCGGACGCGGCGGCACGCGCGGCGGCCGCAGCCGGGGGCACCGCCGGAGCCGCCGCCAGCACCUCGGGUAGCAACGCGGUGGACGCCGCACUGGUGGCCGCUCGCGGUAGCGUUGACAGCUGCCUCAGCGGCAAGGUGGCGAGCAUGCCGCCGCAUCGGAACCACACACACACGACAGCAGGCGCCAAGCCCGCUGCUGCUGCCCUGCUGACCUCCAUGACGCAGCACCCGCAGCUUCCGACGGCUUCUGCCGGUGGGGCUGGGCACCCGCAGCCGCUGGGCGGCAGUGGCGCAAGCAGUCCCGGCGGCACGCUCUCGUCCUUGCCGUCGCCCUCCUUCCCCAGCAGCUUCACGACAUCACAGGGGCUGCUGGCGGCGACACCGGUGGCUGCACCGGUCGCGGCGGCGGACCGCAAGGCUGCUGCUGCUGGGGCUGCCGGCGGGGCUGCGGGAGCCGCGGCCGCCGCCAGCACCGCCGCUACUGCUGCCGCUACUACAACCGCGGUCGGCACGCGGCUCAUCAACGCCGCCGCCGCUGGGUCGCGGGCUGCUCGGCCCUCGCCAUUAAAGGCGGUGCUCACACGGUCGCGCCUGUCCGCAAACGUGCGGGCCGCAGACCAGGCCGCCGCAGCGGCGGCGGCGGACGGAGCCGCCACCGCCACCGACGCUCCCUUGGGCUAGCGAUCGGCGUGCUGCUGAGGCCGACUGCUGGAGCGGCUUCAACACGCGCGCACCAGCGGCGGGUGCAGUCACACUUACAGUAUAGUCCGCCUGAGCCCGCCUGUUUGUAGUCGAUUGUGUUGUUACAAGUCGGGAGGCCACAGACACAAACGUCGCCCAUUGUUCGCAUGGGAAUUGUAGCGCUAUCUGUCAUGAUUGAGGAAUGCUCUCAUCAGACUGACGGGCUUGCGUGGUUCACGCCGGAAAAUGCGUGCCAAGCGUAUUGUGUCAAGUGUAUAUGUUCGGUUUCGGUUCACAGACGUACUGCGGUGGACAUGCAGUGAAGCUGAUUGUGCAUGCGCGCCGCACGUGACUCGCAUUGAGUGAUUGCCACACAAUUGCAUGCAUGGCAGGGGCUUCACAGCGUGCACCAGAAGGAAAGAUCUGUUUCCUUCUCAACAAUGCGUUCAUUUGUGCGAGCUGUCACCCUACUGCAUGCGGCUUGGGCUGAUGGCAUCAAACUUCUCAAGCUGUCUCAAGCAACUCAUAAUCUUGCUCAUAAUGUUGGUUGCUGCUUAGCAUAACGUACACAAGUACGCAAUGGGUGUCAUUUAGGGCAAACAACAAUGAACGAUGCAUGCAGUGGGUAAAGGCGUAUAUUUGAUGCAAGCUUGCGACUGAGUUGAGUGGCAUCGGCUGCGCAUUUCUAGCAACUGACUCAUGUAGCAUGGUUUCUCGGUAAUGCGCGGUGCACAUGCAGCAAGCAACAACCAGCCUUCCGCCACCGGGGAAUGUGCUGCUUGAACCUGUUCCGCACGCUACUUUAUGUGUGUCCCGUUAAAUCGCAAGCUCAGUGCGUGCGUGGCCGCGGCUUGACUAGAUGCACCUGCAACCUAUCUCAUGGCAUAGAUACAGGAGAGAUACUGCGUCCUUGCUUAGUCGUGCUUAGUCCAAUCGUUUGGGUAGAAACCCCAUUCUAUUUAGCUAGCCACUAGCGCAUGCUAAGUUGGUUGCUUCGAGCCUGCCUGCAUCUGUGAGUUUACGUCCGUGUCCUGUUUGGCAAGGGGCAUGUGUUGGGAACGCACAUGCAGACAGGCAGCUGGAGGGUUGCACUGUGUUGCUGAUUGAUGCAGCAUGCAGUAUUAAGACGAUGGUUGGGGGUGAUGCCAUGAGAGUUUGGUGUUACGCCAAUGCGGUUUGGCAGUGUUGCACUCGAGCAUUGGAUGUUAUCUGCAGGAGCGCCAGUUGCUGAGCUCUUUCUGGAAUUGAAUAACAGGGACUAGGAUAGUCACUGCUCGGCAGUUGGAGGAGAUGAGUGCGGCUUGAGCUGCGACAGUAGUGAGCUGGCGCCCAAUCCCCCAUAGCCACCACUGUCAGGGAAGCACCACAGCGGUGUGGGGCGCAUUUGUUGCAGGCGCCAGAUAGACAGUACCGGGCCGGGCUGCCACGACCCGCACGAGGAGCCAGCAGUGAAGGCGGCGUGCGUGCGGCCACGGGCAUGGCCUAGCUAUGUGCGGGCUAUGUAAGCACAUUGCGCUGCGUGCAGUGUGCAAGGGUGCUGGGGGCCGUCAGCGGUCGCCAGGGGUGCCCCUGACGGCCCCUGAUUGCCGUGGCGCACGUGUGGGCGGUAUGCAGGCGGGCGGUAUGUAGGCCAUGACUCACAAGUCAGGGCGUGGAUGAAGGGAGCCGACGAAUGGGGGUGGGGGAGGUUUAGUCACCAUUACCCGCUUGCUACCGAAUGCAGGCUUCACCGCUAUGGCCGCCAGUUCCCGAUCCGGCCCGUUCAGCGCCUCCACGAUCAGAUGGAACUGGUGGUGGUAGAAGCGGACUGCCGCGGACAGCGCCGCCUCCUUGGUGCCGUCGACGCCAGCCAGUUGGAGCCAACUACUUGUGUGCAUGACCUAGCUAUUAGGGAUUUCGUCGGCAGUUUCGUGCGGCCAGGGUGACAGGCACACAGAAAGUUGCACGCCAACUGCAGGUCUCAAGGGUUCCUUAGAGUGGGACUGAGGACUUUAAAUGCACUAAUUGUUGAAGGCUUGCGUAGUGUGCGUACACGUCAAUUGCCGCUGCGUGUGAUGUCAAAUGCAACCACGCCGUUGCUCUGGAAUACUACGAGAUGCAAUACGCGUGUGAGCUUGCGUGUGAGAGCGCGGCGGCUUGCGCGGAGGACCCAAGUAACCGGUGUGGCCCGUGUCUGGCCGAGUCUGCUGUUUCGGGGAGGAUUAGCUCGUCUGCCCUCUGCCCGGCAUCACU